AUGCCCACUGGAGGUCAGUUAGUCCCGGGUGUGGAAGAGCCUGCUUCUGACAGCCGCAUCACAGGCCCCGCGUGUAUAACAUGCCGAGAAAAGUGUCGCAAAUGCGACCGAAAAAAGCCUGUCUGUCAAAGAUGCAUCAGCAAAGGCCUAGAAUGUAAAGGCUACCCAGACAAGUUCCGCUUUGCAGGGCUAGCGACUCGAGGAAAGUGGAAGAACCAUGCGGUCCCAAGCGAGACCCGAAACCAUAGCCCCCAGAGUCAGCCGGGCUUGGAAAAAAACGCCGUGGGGUCCGGCGAGCGAGGAGAAUCUCAAAAUACCGCAACUGCUAGUGAUGAAAAUCUUUCGGCGCCGCGAUCCACCUUGGCUCGUGAUGGAUCUCAUUUGGAGGAACGAUCCGUGGAAUUGGACGACUUACUGAUGCUAAAAAGGACAGAGGCCUUACUUGCAUAUUAUGAUGAAGUCAUUUGUCCACAUCAGAUUGCGCUUGCCGCAGGGAUGGAAAACCCGUACCAAGUCUAUGUGUUACCACUCGCAUACGAACAAAUAGGCCUACUAUACGCAGUCCUAGGGCUCACAGCAUGCCAUGUUGGCAUCCAAAAAGAGGACCUCUAUCUACGAGAAACCUUGGCAGUGGAGUACCGAGUGAGAGCUAUCAGUCGUCUCGGAGAUACGCUUCAGAAUGGACUGUCUGGCGACUUGAGUGAAAAUGAGCGGGAUGGAAUCUUCGCCACUAUACAAAUCUUGCUACUUCAGGAUAUCUUUGAGUCUGGUAUUUCGGCCCACGGUGCCCACAUCACAGGUGCCCUAUCUAUUUGCAACCAAUUGCGCUUAUCGGAUAGCUUGACCAAAGCGCAUGAGCAAACCGUUUUCUUCUUAGGCAACCUGGCAUGGCUAGACAUCAUCCGAUCGUUGACAGAUUCCCGACGAUUGCGUUUCUCUUCUGAGCUCAGAGAGACUGUCGUGACGCUAGGGGACCUGAAGUUUGAACGUGUCAACGGUAUUCCACGCACUCUGUUCCUCAUCAUGGGCAAUGUGAUGGAACACGCAAAGGCCCAUGCCCUCGGGAACAUCGACAGAUCAGAAUUUGAAAGCGUUCUCGAGUCCCAUAAACUCGCGCUAUUUUCCUGGCGCUUACCGACUGAUGAAUAUCCAGCCGACAAUCCACGCUGGCCUGCUGUGGCUGAGGCGUUUCGUCACGCUUGUAUCCUACACACAUCCCGCUUGUUGGAUCCACAACAGCCAGCAGAUGCUCAGGUCAUACAAAGCUCUGUCAUCGGGAUUCUGGAUUCUGCGGCCGAAAUUCCUGCGGAUUGCCGUUUGAUUGAAUUACUAGUCAUGCCGCUUUUCAUGGCCGGUGCAGAUGCACUGUCUCCCCAUGCUCGACAUUAUGUUUUAUUGCGCUUAGACCACGUGAAAAAUCAUGGAGGCCUCGGGAAUCAGAUAGCUAUCUCCCUGCUUAAGUCCGUCUGGGAUGGUCGCAGCAGACAACCGAAGCACGAUAACAGCAACGUCUACUGGGUGUGGUUUACUCAAGAAUCGUCUUUCGAGCCUCAGCAUGAUUAUUUGAUUAUCUGA